AUGUCAGACGAGGAAGGCACUUCAAGCUCAUCCACAACCAACGCCUUGGAGUUAAAGCUUCCUCAUUUCUGGCCCAAAAGCCCCAGAGUGUGGUUCAGCCAAGUCGAGGCCCGCUUCCAGCUUCGACCGCAGGAGUCGAAAUACCUCCACGUCGUUGCAGCACUGCCACCUGACAUCGCUGACGCCAUAGACGAAGUGCUCGCCUCCCCUCCAUCGGAGAAGGCCUACGACGAACUAAAAAGCACCGUCCUGAAACGUCUUGAGGUGUCCGAACAGAGCAGGCUGCAACAACUCCUGUCUCAUGAAGAGCUCGGUGACAAGCGUCCCUCGCAACUUCUCCACCGAAUGCGUCAGCUGCUGGGCCAACAAGCGUCAGAGGUGCGUCAACAGCCAUUGCUUCGCGAGUUGUUUUUGCAGAGACUGCCACAGUCAACACGGAUGAUACUCGCUGGCUCGGACGACGUGGCUCUCGAGCGUCUGGCUCAACUCGCCGACCGCAUCACCGACUGCACCGAGCCAUCAAAAAUGCCUAUUGCUGCAGCUGGAAUGUCCGAACAUGCAAGCCGGUUAGGUCGCUUAGAGGACAGAGUUGACCGACUGGCUGUAGCAGUGGAAAACCUCGCCCUGUCUAACAAAUACCCUCCUGCACGGCAUCGUUCGUCGUCCCGUGCUCGAAGCCCGCAGCACCGCGGCCACUCAAGCGAGGCAGAGCAGAGUUCAAUGACGAUAGACAUCGGACUCAGGCGCACAUAUCGAUGGCUCUUCGUUGUGGCCGACGUCAAAAUGGCCAUCCUGGGAGCGGACUUUCUGAGCCACUUCAAUCUUGACGUUAGCGUUCGCGAUCGUCGUCUCAAGGACAACGUCACUUCGCUCGCUGUUGUCGGACUGAAGUCUGACCUGUCCUCAUGCGGCAUUUGCACUUUCCACCCAGAGUCAAACUUUCAAAAGAUUCUGGCGGAAUUCCCUGAAAUCACCAAACCUCGGAACACCGAACUGCCAAUCAAGCACAAGGUGACGCAUCACAUUGUCACCACCGGACCGCCCGUCACCGCUAGACCUAGAAGGCUCGCUGGACAAAGACACGAAAUCGCCCGUCGUGAGUUCGACCACAUGCUCCAGCUCGGCAUUAUUCGACCUUCUUCCAGCAACUGGUCUUCUGCGCUGCACAUGGUGCCAAAACAAGAGCCUGGUGACUGGCGGCCUUGCGGUGAUUAUCGGGCACUCAAUGCUGCGACAACGGCAGACCAAUAUCCUCUCCCUCAUAUCCAUGAUUUCAGCGCUCGCCUCGCGGGAACGACCAUCUUCACUAAGCUGGAUCUGAUGGCCGCUUAUCACCAGAUUCCAGUAGAACCAAGCGACAUCCCAAAGACGGCCGUGACAACACCGUUCGGCCUCUUUGAAUUUGUUCGUAUGCCGUACGGACUGAAGAACGCGGCACAAACAUUCCAGCGUUUCAUGAAUGAGGUCACUCGCGGACUGCUUUUUGUCUUCGUCUACUUAGACGACAUUUUGGUCGCCGGAAGAGCACGAAAAUCACCUGCGGCUCCUCUUCAAGCGUCUUGA